AUGACUGGAGAGACAAACAGACUGAGCAGUGCAUCUGCAAGAGGAGACUUAGCAGAAGUUGAGAUGUUAUUACAGAACGGAGCAGAUGUUAAUGCAAACAAUGAAUUCGGCAGGACACCGUUACAGGUUGGUAAUACAUUUUCUAUGAAGCCUAAAUCUAUAAAUUCAUGAUUCAGUCUAUUCAGAAGUUAUAUGAUCGAUUUCAACUUAAACUACAACAUCUUAGCAUAUGUGUGCAUUGACAUAAUGUAAAAUACACUAAACGGUGUGCUUUGGUGACAAAUAAAGUGGUACAAUUAUUAAGAGGCUAUACAAUUUCUGUAACUUGGACUUAAUUGAAAAAAUCCAAGUGAUUUUCAAGGCCUUAUAUAGCAUAGACUACUAUGUUGGAUGUCAUAUUUUUAUUGUAUGAUUUAUGGAAUUAGAGGGCUUUAAAGUGACUUAUAGGCCGUACUUUAGUAGCACUAUCUGAACCACAAAAAACCCCAAUGUAGAUUAAUGAUUUAUAUAUGAUUUAACAGAGAAGUGAAAUACAGAAUACAACACUCUAAUUGCAAUGCAAUGUUGUUGUUGUUGUUUUUAGAAUAUCUUCUUAUUUUUUAUUUUUUUUAACACAUUCUGUAGGCUAAAAGUUUAGCAGCUUUAUAUUUCUUAAUGAAGAUGGUGAAUCACAUGGGUUCACUAUGAAAACUCGUUGAAUAAUGUGAUUACGUUUUGGUAUUUUUAAAGAAUAAUUUGUGCCAUAGAUCAUUGAUCAAUAGUGAUAAAGAAGAUAAUAUAGAAACUUCAAGACACUGCAUGACCCCAUGCACCACUUUGGGCCCGCAUGCACACUCAAAUAGGCCUAUGAAAAAUGUAAUUGUUUUCAACAAGAAUAUUUCUCGAAUUAUAGGCCUAUAGUUAAACAAUUUCAUCUCAUGCUAAAAUUAUGAUGGUUGAUAACUUAUACGGUAUUGCUUUGCUUAAAUUGUUACCUCCUUGACCGAUACCUCUGAAUAACUGCCUUGAACCACAUGGGAGUCCCAAAAUGCUAUGUUUGCUAUAGGAAUGUAACUACAGUUUAUUGUUUUGUCAAAUUACACAAUCAAACUCAUAUGAAAAACUAACAAAUUGCAGAUUGUGAAAGACUUGGUUGAUUUGGACAGCCUGUUCAUACGACCAUGCUGCAUAGAUGUUCAGAUAGGCUAAUCUCUUACCAUGUCAUAGGGCAUAGGGCACAGAUGAAAAUGCUAAAAGUGGUUCAAGUAUGGUUCAUUGACUGAACCAUAACACACGUUUUUGAGAAAUGUAGGACAAGUUGCUUUAACCUGUUGAAUGUAUAAUUACAAUUUACAAAUUGGCAUACUCAAAUUCAAAGCGCUCAAAGCUUGACCUUUGUUAAUUAAAAAAACGAUAAUCUAAGUAGGCCUAUGACACAAAACUGUGUCAUACAAAAAACUCAGUCACAAAACUGUAAUAAGCUAUUCGUAUCACUCCUCUAUUCCAAAUGAAAAAUAUAUAGGCCUAUCAUGAAACUUAAUUAUAUAAUGAUGAUCAGCUAAGGCUCUGUGAUUGAAUUAAGUGUAUGCCUGUUUAUCAGAAGGUAAUUGGUCUACAGCAUUUAGGUGGAAGAAGAAUAAAAAAGGUUAAGAUAAUAGAUUAUAUCCCAGGACUGAUACAUAUUUUAGUGGGUUCGAUUUGUUUUGGAUCAUUCCUUUUGAAAACAUAGGUGUAAAUCUAGACCUGUGUGUCUCUGCAACAUAGCCCUAAAUUAUUUCUAUUUUCUAUUAAAACAGUAGCCUUUACUUCCUAUAGCCUACAUUUGUCUUUAUAUUAUUAUUUAUGUGUAAUUAUCCUGCUCUAUUCCUCUUCUCAUUAUAUUUUACAGGUGAUGAAACUUGGUAACCCAGCCAUCGCGGAAGCGCUGCUGAGGGCGAACGCAAAUCCAAACGUGCGCGACCAUGUCAGGGGUCUCACUAUCACUCAUGAUGCUGCAAGGGAUGGAUAUGUGGACACCCUACGCGUCCUGAUGGAUUAUGGCGCAGACGUCAACUUCCUGGACAACGACGGCAAUCUUCCAUUGCAUCUAGCGGCAAGAGAAGGCUAUCUUGAUGUGGUUCAGCUCCUUGUUGGUUGUACGACGGACGCCGCAAGGCGCAACUCCAGAGGCCAUACACCUUAUGAUUUGGCGACUAUGAACCAUAGAGUAUCCAUUGCGCAAUACAUUCAGGCGCACAUGAAUUUAUGA